GUCAACGUGUUUUGUUGCUCGACGUCAGUGUCUCUGCCAUCGCAGCCCCACAUCACACUCACCCAGAUCAGGUUCCGACCUCCGAGGCACCGAUCCGAUGCCAAGCCCAGCCACUCGCUCCAUCCGACUCCACCCGCGCUUAAAAUACACACACGGGCACCUUGGCAUCGCCGCCUCACUUGAGCUCCCCUUUCGCUUUGCAUCGGGUUCUCUUCCCAUCCGCUCGCCCACCGGAAUGGCGGCGGUGUGGAAGUGGAAGCCUGCCGUCCUCCUCCUCCUCCUCGUCAUGACGCGCCCGCCGGCGGCCGAGGCCGGUGGCGCCAACGCCACGGCGCCGUGCCCGCUCGACCUGGGCUACGUGGCCACGCUCCCGUGGGACCGCGCGCCGUGCGAGCCGCCCGUGGCCAACGGCACGGCCUGCUGCAUGACGCUCCUCUCGGUGCUCGGCGUGGGCCUCGCGUCGCGGCUCCGCGCCACGGGCCGCUUCCGCCUCCCGUCCGCGGGGGCCUCGGCGGCCUGCCUCCGCGCCUUCUCCGCCGCGCUCGCCGCGCCGCCGCUCUCGCUGCCGGCCUCCCUCGUGCCGGGCUGCUUCCCGGUCCAGUCCCAGUUCGCCAUCUCCCCGGACUACUGCGCCGGGGUCACCACCGCCGCGGAGUACGUCGCGGUCGCCGGCAACGCCUCCGUCGCCGGCCUCAACGCCUCCUGCGGCGCCGACGUCGCCUCCAUGUCGCUCUGCAACCGCUGCCUCGCCGCCGGGAUCGACGCCUCGGCGCGCCUCACUGCGGCAGCAGGCAACGGAUCCAAGUCCCAGAACUGCUUCUACCUCACCGUGCUCUACGCAGCCGGGAUCUCCAGCUCCGCGGGCCCCGACUCCCCCGUCACUGCGGCGUGUGCCCUCGGCCUCGCUCUCUCCACGCCUUCCCCCACCACCUCGUCGCCGACCUCUAGCUCCGCCAGCCACACCAACAUCGCAGUAGCCGCCACCAUCCCGAUCGCCUCGCUCCUGCUCGUCUCCCUCGUCGCUCUCCUCGUCUGGAGGAACAGGCGUGAGCACACCAAGGGCAGGAGCAUCCAAAUCUCGGAGGAGCGGCGUUCGCGCCCGCGGCCAAACACCGGCUCCGUCAUGUUCGACAUCUGCGAGCUGUCCAAGGCGACCGGCGGUUUCGCCGAGCGCAACCUCAUCGGCCGCGGCGGGUUCGGCGUCGUGUACCGCGGCGUGCUCGCGGACGGCACCGUCGUCGCCGUCAAGAAGAUGCUCGAGCCCGACGUGGAGGGCGGCGACGAGGAGUUCACCAACGAGGUGGAGAUCAUCAGCCUCCUCCGGCACCGGAACCUGGUGCCGCUCCGCGGGUGCUGCAUUGCCGACGACGACCCCGACGAAGGCAAGCAGAUGUUCCUCGUCUACGACUACAUGCCCAAGGGCUCGCUGGACCAGUACAUCUUCGAGGACGGCCAGGGCAGGCGGCGGCCGGCGUUGUCGUGGGCGCAGCGCAGGACCAUCCUCCUGGACGUGGCCAGGGGGCUCGAGUACCUGCACUACGGCGUCAAGCCGGGGAUCUACCACCGGGACAUCAAGGCGACCAACAUCCUCCUGGACGCGGACAUGCGCGCGCGCGUGGCGGACUUCGGCCUCGCCCGGCGGAGCCGCGAGGGACAGUCCCACCUCACGACGCGCGUCGCCGGCACGCACGGCUACCUCUCGCCGGAGUACGCGCUGUACGGGCAGCUCACCGAGAAGAGCGACGUGUACAGCUUCGGCGUGCUGGUGCUCGAGGUGAUGAGCGGUCGCCGCGCGCUCGACCUGUCCGACCCGUCAGGGGUCGUGCUCAUCACCGACUGGGCGUGGACGCACGCCAAGGCUGGCCGCCCGGGGGAUGUCCUCGCCCAGGCGCUGCGGAAGGAGCCGAGCACCAGCGUGGCGGCCAUGGAGAGGUAUGUGCUUGUCGGGAUCCUGUGCGCCCACGUCACGGUGGCGUUCCGCCCGAGCAUGCCGGAGGCACUGAGGAUGCUGGAGGGGGACAUGGACGUGCCCGACCUGCCGGACCGGCCGCAGCCGUUCGGCCAGAGGAUUGCGUUCGACGAAGGCGAAACUAAUUUCAGCGCAUCAUCGAUUCUGAGCGGCGGCGGCGGCCCACUCGUGGACUUUGGAGACAUGCUCCGGUGAUGCACGACGGCGAUGAUGGAUGCGUGCAGGUUGCAAGGUGACCGACGUGUCAGGUCGGGAUCACACGUACGAACUCUUAUUAUAAGAUGCGUAACAUCCACAGUUCCACAUGCUAUGCUACACUGAUGCAAGUGUUGGUUAACUGGAUUUCAGAGUGAUGUAUAGCCUUUUCAGCUAAUGUAAAUGCAUUAUAUGUAACAUAUAGUGAAAACUCAAAUACGUGUCAUUGACACUCCGACACAAAUAUUACAUCAUGGUUUGUCCACCACUGUU